UACUUCCCUGUAGGUAUAUACAUAGUAGUGCGUGUAGGUAAACUUGAAUACUCUCUUUCAUUUACCUUUUUUAUACCGUGUAGCUUCAACAUUUCUUAUAGAAUCUGUGAUGAUAAUAACCCUAGGUACUAUACGCAACUAUACUCUACACAUAUUAUACCUACCUCCAUCACAAUAAGAUACAAGAUGCCAAUCGAGUACCAGCAUACCAAAAUCCCAACAUGUUAUGCCACAUGUAGCAUCGGACACAAGGAAUCUCAGACACUGCCCCUGAAAUUCAAGGCUAUAGCAGACGCUGGGUUCGAUGCCGUUGAGCUAUCGAUGCCUGAUAUAUUGUCAUAUGGGAAGAUGCUUCACGGUGAAGAACCAGAUCCCAGGGACUAUGACGCCCUAGUUGACAUCGGAAAAGCCAUAAGAACACAAGCCCGAGAGCACAAUCUUAUAAUCCUCAUGCUGCAACCCUUUGCGAACUUCGAGGGCUGGCCAAAAGGUAGUGAGGAAAGACGUGAUGCGUUCGAACGUGCAGAGGGGUGGAUGCGCAUCAUGGAAGCUGUCGGCACCGAUAUGCUACAGGUCGGGUCCUCAGAUGCGCCCGGGAUAUCAUCGUCACUUGAUGACCUCGCUGGAGACUUAGCAGAGCUAGCGGACCUUUGCGCCGCUAGGGGACAGCGUAUCGCGUACGAGAAUUGGUGCUGGGCUACGCACUCACCAAAUUGGAGGGAUGUGUGGCGUAUCGUCGAAAAAGCAGACAGGCCUAAUCUCGGGCUAUGCCUUGAUACUUUCCAGAGCGCUGGUGGCGAGUGGGCGGACCCAACCUCGAAGUCUGGGAUGCUUGAAGACGUGUCUCGGGACAAACUUGAAGCUCGAUGGAAGCGAAGUUUAGCUGACCUGAGCGAGACCGUCCCGCCCGAGAAAAUACACCUCCUACAGAUCUCAGACGCGUAUAAAAUGGACCCACCGCUAGAGGCGAAGACAGACGGGGAAGGGCUACGAUCAAGAGGUCAGUGGAGCCACGACCAUCGACCGUUGCCGUAUGAUGGUGGCUACCUACCCGUGCAGGAGUUUUUGAACGCUGUGCUGAAAACGGGAUUUAGGGGUUGGCUAUCUAUGGAAGUGUUUGACGGUCGGGCAUCUAAGAAAUACUCUGAUAUGCUUGAAUUCGGCAAGAAAGGAAUGUCGUCAUUGGAAAAGUUGUUACAAUCGUAAAUUCUCAGGUUAGUGUACCUAUGUAGAGGAAUAUCGAUAGCUCGCUAUCAGCACCAUUUGGACAUAUCUAAAAGCAUCCUGAGAUCGGAACCAUUUCGUUAAAUAGAAUUGGUAAAUAAUACUGGUUUAGGAAUAUUUGCAUUGAUAUCCGGGACGGUAGUAAGACAGUAAGACAAAUUCUAGGGUUUGAUGCGACGUCGAUGAGGUAACAUGUAGAACUGAUGAGCAAAUCGAAGAUAGACUACGCUGUAGUUAAUAAGACUCAUGAAAGGUGUGAGGCAAAGUUGUCGAGGGUGUGAACAUGGAAGACACGGAUGUCGUUGUCAACGCCAAUUAGAAUUGUGCAUGCAUGAUAUAAAAGUUGGGAUUGAACGAAUGAUACAUAAGUAUUU